AUGGCUUGCGCGGACGAGACCCUGACGGCCGCUGCUGCCAUCAUCCAAAAUCUCGUCAGAGAAGCCCCUUCAUCCGGUUCUCCUUCGUUCGAAUUUAACUUCUCCCCACAAUCCACGAAUGGCGUCGACUCUCUUCCCAAAUUACCAGGCGAGCCUAGCUUAGCGAAGGUCAGGUUCGAAAAUGAGUUAGAGGCUUUGGUCCGUCGGAUUCAUCGAAUGGAGGUGCAGUCUCAACAAAAUCACACACAACAUGCCGAGCACACGCAACAUCUUCAUAAACGGAGAAAGUCUUCCAAAGAUACAGAACCUGAGAUUCUCGAUGAAAGCGAUGGAGCGGCAAGUGAUGAAGAUGAGGAAGAAGGAGCUACGACUCUGGUACGGGAAGAAGAUAUUAGCUACCUGCGAAAUUACGUCCAGAAACAAGCGGAGGAAAUAAGUUUUCAGAAGAACAUUAUAACCCAGGUCCGUGAAGAGCUACAAUUGCAGGAAGUGCAAACAAGACGGGCUCUCACCAAGGUCGAAAAUGAGGAUGUGGUUUUGCUGGAGCGAGAGCUGCGCAAGCAUCAGCAAGCGAACGAAGCCUUCCAGAAGGCCUUACGAGAAAUUGGGGGUAUCAUUACACAGGUUGCUAACGGUGACCUGUCAAUGAAAGUUCAAAUUCAUCCACUGGAAAUGGAUCCUGAAAUUGCCACAUUCAAGCGGACAAUCAACACUAUGAUGGACCAGCUUCAAGUUUUCGGUAGUGAGGUGUCCCGCGUCGCUCGUGAGGUCGGAACAGAAGGUAUUCUUGGUGGACAGGCUCAAAUCACUGGGGUCCAUGGUAUCUGGAAAGAGCUGACGGAGAAUGUCAACAUUAUGGCCAAGAAUUUGACGGAUCAAGUGCGUGAAAUCGCCGUAGUGACAACGGCUGUUGCACAUGGUGAUCUCAGCCAGAAGAUCGAAAGCCGGGCUCAGGGUGAAAUCCUCGAGCUACAACAAACGAUCAAUACCAUGGUGGACCAACUCCGGACCUUUGCUACAGAGGUGACUCGCGUCGCUCGUGAUGUCGGUACAGAAGGUGUUCUCGGCGGUCAAGCGCAGAUUGAAGGUGUCCAAGGCAUGUGGAAUGAACUUACGGUGAACGUGAACGCCAUGGCGAAUAAUUUGACGACACAAGUGCGCGAUAUUGCGACUGUUACCAAGGCCGUCGCUAAGGGUGACCUUACCCAGAAGGUGCAGGCUAACUGCAAAGGGGAGAUAGCGGAGCUCAAGAACAUCAUCAAUUCCAUGGUUGACCAACUUCGACAAUUCGCGCAGGAGGUUACCAAGAUUGCGAAGGAGGUCGGCACAGACGGUGUACUCGGUGGUCAAGCUACUGUAAAUGAUGUGGAAGGCACAUGGAAAGAUCUGACCGAAAACGUCAACCGCAUGGCCAACAACUUGACUACUCAAGUCAGGGAGAUUGCUGAUGUUACUACUGCCGUCGCAAAGGGAGAUCUCAGCAAGAAAGUCACCGCCAAUGUCCAGGGCGAAAUACUAGAUCUCAAAAGCACGAUCAACGGCAUGGUGGACCGACUAAAUACAUUUGCUUUCGAAGUUAGCAAAGUCGCCAGGGAGGUCGGAACCGAUGGUACGCUAGGUGGCCAAGCCAAGGUCGACAAUGUAGAAGGAAAAUGGAAAGAUCUCACCGAUAAUGUCAACACCAUGGCUCAGAACCUUACCUCCCAGGUCCGAAGUAUAUCCGAUGUCACACAAGCUAUUGCCAAGGGUGAUUUGAGCAAGAAGAUUGAAGUUCACGCCCAGGGAGAGAUUCUAACCCUCAAAGUCACCAUCAAUCACAUGGUGGAUCGUUUGGCGAAAUUUGCAACUGAAUUGAAGAAGGUUGCCCGCGAUGUCGGUGUUGAUGGCAAAAUGGGCGGCCAAGCUAACGUGGAGGGAAUUGCGGGGACGUGGAAGGAGAUCACGGAGGAUGUCAACACCAUGGCCGAAAAUCUUACGUCCCAGGUGCGAGCGUUUGGCGAGAUUACAGAUGCUGCAACGGACGGGGAUUUUACCAAGCUGAUCACAGUUAACGCUUCUGGUGAGAUGGACGAGCUGAAGCGCAAGAUCAACAAAAUGGUUUCGAACUUGCGGGAUAGUAUUCAACGAAACACGGCCGCCAGGGAAGCAGCCGAAUUGGCUAACCGUACCAAAUCCGAGUUUCUGGCAAACAUGAGUCACGAAAUCAGAACGCCUAUGAAUGGUAUUAUUGGCAUGACCCAGCUGACUUUGGACACCGACGACCUGAAACCGUACACGCGAGAGAUGUUGAAUGUCGUGCACAACCUCGCAAACAGUCUAUUGACAAUUAUUGACGACAUACUCGAUAUUUCAAAGAUCGAAGCGAACCGUAUGGUGAUUGAAAGCAUCCCCUUCACAGUCCGCGGUACUGUGUUCAACGCCCUGAAGACAUUAGCAGUCAAAGCGAACGAGAAGUUCCUGAGUCUGACAUAUCAAGUCGACAACACAGUCCCCGACUAUGUUAUUGGUGACCCUUUCCGUCUACGACAGAUUAUCCUUAACUUGGUCGGUAACGCGAUCAAGUUCACCGAGCAUGGUGAAGUCAAGCUCACGAUAUGCAAAUCUGACCGGGAGCAAUGUGCAGCCAAUGAAUAUGCUUUUGAAUUCUCCGUCUCAGAUACCGGUAUCGGAAUUGAGGAAGACAAACUUGAUUUGAUUUUUGAUACCUUCCAACAGGCAGAUGGAUCGACCACGCGGCGGUUUGGUGGAACAGGUCUCGGUCUUUCCAUCUCGAAACGCCUAGUCAAUCUGAUGGGCGGUGAUGUUUGGGUCACCUCCGAAUAUGGCCACGGGAGUACAUUCCACUUCACCUGCGUCGUGAAACUGGCCGACCAGUCACUGAAUGUGAUUGCCUCACAAAUCCUGCCUUACAAGAACCACCGUGUCCUCUUCAUAGACAAGGGAGAGAACGGGCCCGAAGCGGAGAACGUUCUGAAGAUGCUUAAAAAGCUGGACUUGGAACCGUUGGUCGUGCGUAAUGAGGAUCAUGUGCCGCCACCAGAGAUCCAAGAUCCUUCCGGCAAGGAGUCCGGUCAUGCCUACGAUGUAAUAAUCGUGGAUUCUGUGAACACAGCCCGAAUGCUUCGGACGUACGAUGACUUUAAAUACGUCCCCAUCGUGCUGGUUUGUCCACUGGUCUGCGUUAGCUUGAAGUCGGCCCUGGAUCUCGGAAUCAGUUCCUACAUGACGACACCAUGCGAGCCGAUUGAUCUGGGCAAUGGCAUGUUACCUGCGCUCGAGGGGCGCUCCACACCCAUAACUACCGACCACUCGCGCUCUUUCGACAUUCUUUUAGCUGAGGACAACGACGUUAAUCAGAAAUUGGCCGUGAAGAUCCUUGAGAAACACAACCACAACGUAUCGGUGGUUGGCAACGGCCUCGAAGCCGUCGAAGCCGUUAAACAGCGCCGCUACGAUGUCAUACUGAUGGACGUCCAAAUGCCGGUUAUGGGUGGGUUCGAAGCCACUGGCAAGAUCCGCGAAUACGAACGAGACAGCGGUCUGAGCAGAACACCCAUUAUCGCUCUUACAGCCCACGCCAUGUUGGGUGACCGCGAGAAGUGUAUACAAGCACAGAUGGACGAGUACUUAUCCAAGCCACUGAAGCAAAAUCAGAUGAUGCAAACCAUCCUGAAAUGCGCUACGCUAGGUGGGUCUCUUCUGGAAAAGAGCAAGGAGUCCCGCAUUUCGAGCAGUGGUGAGAUGCACCACGUCCAUACGGGUCCGGACGGCAAGUCGCAACGCCCGGGAAUGGAAGGCCGAUCGAUCACCUCGUCGAGCGCCACCAGCCGCACGCUCGCUAGCACGAGUGCCGAGCGAACCGAGCAGCUCUCCAUAGAUAGGGUAAGACCAUGA